AUGGAAAAUGAAGAAGAUAAAGAUAUGGUUAUGUUGCAUUUAGUCAGAAGAAACAACAAAAGCUUUUACGACCUUGCUAAGAUUUACAAAUCUGACAGAAAUUGGUUCUAUCGCGAAAACUUACCGAUUUCAAUGACCCCAAAUGAAGAUGUGAAACAAAUAGUUCAAGAUACUUUACCUCAAACACACUAUGAUAUUAAAGGUUGUACAAUUCUUACCUUCAAAGAAGAUUUGCCAUUGUUAAAGGAAAAAAUAACAGAGUAUUUUGACAACUUCAAACAAGCAGAGUAA